UACACUCGUAUUAAUCCGAUUUAGCUCUCCAGCUUUAUACCAGCUCUCUCUCUCUCUCUGCUUGAGUGAAUGUUACUACUAUCUCCAGAUUUUAAAGCAGUGAAUCUCUCCAUUGAAUAGAAGAAAUGUCGCAAGACAAAGAUGAAAUUGGAUCAGUAAAUCCAUACGAUGACGCAAUGGAUGCUCUGUCUUCACUGAUAACAAAGCGCAGCCGCGCAGAUAAGAGCAACAAUGGGGAUCGAUUUGACAUAUUGUUUGAUUACAUCAAGAUGCUUGAGCUAGAGGAGCCAAUUAAACGGAUGAAAGUUAUUCACGUGGCAGGCACCAAAGGAAAGGGGUCAACUUGCACUUUCACAGAAUCUAUUCUGCGUAGCUGUGGCUUCCAUACUGGGCUCUUCACAUCUCCUCACCUUAUUGAUGUUCGAGAAAGAUUUAGGCUGGGCGGUUCAGAUGUUUGUGAAGAGAAGUUUCUGGAAUACUUUUGGUGGUGUUGGGAUCGACUAAAGGAAAGAACCUCCGAUGAGGUACCUAUGCCAACAUAUUUCCGUUUCCUUGCCUUGCUCGCCUUUAAGAUAUUUGCAGCCGAGGGGGUCGAUGUUGUCAUUUUGGAAGUUGGUUUAGGUGGAAAAUUUGAUGCUACAAAUGUGGUUGAAAGUCCAGUUGUCUGUGGCAUAGCAUCCCUAGGGUAUGACCACAUGGAAAUUCUUGGAAAUACCUUAGGACAAAUUGCUGGGGAAAAGGCAGGAAUCUUCAAGAGUGGUGUUCCAGCUUUUACCAUACCACAACCUGAAGAAGCAAUGGCCGUUCUUGUGCAGAAGGCCUCAGAGCUCGGUGUAAAUCUUCAAGAAGCUGAUCCUAUGCAUCCAAGUGACCUGCAUCUUGGGCUUGCGGGUGAGCACCAAUACAUAAAUGCAGGACUUGCAGUUGCAUUAUGCUCAACUUGGCUUCAGAGGACAGGGCAUGUUGGAAUAAAUAACUUGAACCAGAAUACCCCUCUACCUGAGAAAUUCAUUAGAGGGCUUGCGACAGCUUCUUUGCAAGGACGUGCACAAAUUGUCCCUGAUCAUCUCAUUGAGAGUGAAAGCCCAGGAGAUCUUGUCUUCUAUUUGGAUGGUGCCCACAGCCCUGAAAGUAUGGACGUAUGUGCGAAAUGGUUUUGUUUAGCAACCAAAGAAGAUUUUAGCCCUUCAUAUGACCAGUCUUCCAGUGACGCUAAAGGAUCAAAUAAAUCAGAAAAGAAUGGACCACUUGCAAAGAAUCCUAUUCAGAUUCUGUUGUUCAAUUGUAUGUCAGUGAGAGACCCUCAGUUGCUUCUUCCACGCUUGAUAAAUGCAUGCGCUAGUCAUGGAGUCCACUUCAAGGCGGCCUUAUUUGUUCCAAACACAUCAGUGUAUUACAAAGUGGGCACUGCUUUACCUACUGAUGAUGCUCAAGUUGAUGUAUCAUGGCAGAUGACGCUUCAAAAAGUAUGGGAAAGUCUCAUUGUUCGGGAAAAAGGUAGAGAUCCCGAAAAUGCAGAAUUAGCAUUCAAUGAUGAUACUGAGAUCUCGGAGAACAGCACAGUUUUUACAUCACUUCCUCUAGCUGUUAAUUGGCUCAGGGACAGCAUCCGGAAAAAUCAAUCUGUUCGGUUCCAGGUCUUGGUGACGGGGUCACUACAUUUAGUAGGCGAUUCGUUAAGAUUAAUCAAGUAAAGUUGGCAGGGUUGCGGAUUUCUCAACGAUCAGUUUCACCCUUGAUUAUAGACUCAACAACGAGAAGGUCUCUUUUACAAACAUUGGAAAUAUUGUACUGUAUCAUCAUCUACACCGUGUUUGUUUGUUCCAAUGCAAAAGAAAAAAAUUGUUUGUUUAA